AUGCUGCUGAUCCUGCUCUCAGUGGCCUUGCUGGCCCUGAGCUCAGCUCAAGACCCAGUUUCUGGGAAGAAUAAAGUUGGGGGGAAAGGGACCACCUCACCAGGGCCACCACCACCAGGGCCACCCCCACCAGGACCACCUGCAUCAGCACCACCUCCACCAGGGCCACCCCCACCAGGACCACCUGCAUCAGCACCACCACCACCAGGGCCACCCCCACCAGGAUCACCUCCAUCAGCACCACCUCCACAAAGACCACCCCCACCAGAACCACCUCCACCAGAAGAGCAACCUGAGGAGAGUCCAGAAGAAGAAUCACCAUCCGAGUAA